AUGCCUGGUCAUAGACAAGGACGUUGGGAUGGUGCGGACGAGAAGGCGCCUUUCCUCCGCAACGAACCAGUGAAAUUGACACCCGCGUGGGAGGGCGCCAACCUGCCCAAUGACACGCUCAAUUUGAAAGAUAUAGCUAUGGACCUGGCACCCCCCAAAGACAAAUGGAACCUUAUAUACUUGACGUUGAUUAUCCAUGGGUUGGGGACUUUAAUCGGAUGGAACAUGUUCAUCACAGCCACAGAUUACUUUAAAAAAUAUAAGUUAGUUAAUGAGCCGGAUCUUUCAACAAACUUUUUGACGUAUGUCGGAUGGGCCUCCCAGAUACCCAACUUAGCCUUCAAUUGGUUAAAUGUUUUUGUUAAAAUAGGUGGUAGCUUAACGACUCGCAUUGUGUGGUCGUUAACUAUGGAAGUGUUAAUAUUCGUGGUUACAAUCAUCCUUGCCAUGGUAGACAGUUCCCAAUGGCAAGUCACUUUCUUUUGGCUGACUAUCGUCACUGUGUUUUUAUUAAACACGUUCAACGCGAUCUUCCAAAACUCAGUGUACGGCAUGGCGGCGCGUCUGCCGCCGAGCUACACGGGCGCGGUGGUGCUCGGCUCCAACGUGUGCGGCACGCUCGUGUCGCUGCUGGCGCUGGCGGCGCGCGGCUUCCAAAACCUGCGCACCUCUGCCAUCUACUACUUCAUCGGCGGCAUGUUCGUGCUGCUCAUCUGUUUCGAUACCUUCUUCGCCUUGCCACUCAACAGAUUCUAUCGCUACCACGACACCCUACAACAGCGCACGAUGCACGUGAACCCGGCGCUGGCGGCGACCAACGCGGCCGCGAGCCCCGGCAAGUCGCGCACUCCGUAUGGGACAAUAUUCUUGCAGUCAGCAAUACAGUUGUAUAACGUGUUCAUCACGUUCUUCGUCUCGCUCUCCGUGUUUCCAGCUGUUAUGGAAGCUAUCCAGCCAUCGGAACCAGGAUUUCUCGGUGAUAUAUUCGUUACGAUAACGUGCUACCUCACAUUUAAUUUUAUGGCAAUGAUAGGCAACGUAACGGCGAGCUUGUGGCAAUUCCCUGGGCCACGGUUACUACCAGUUUUUACCACCGCCCGCUUGGUGUUCAUUCCUUUCUUCUUACUAUGUAAUUAUCAAGUAAAAGGUCGUCAAUUGCCAGUUUUGAUCAAAAACGAUUGGGUGUACUGGGUCGCAUCCGCUCUGCUGGGCUGGAGUUCGGGGCACGGCAGUUCGCUCGGCAUGAUGUACGUUACCAGAAACGUAGCGCCCGAGAACGCGUCCACGGCGGGCAUGAUCGGCGCCGCGGUGCUGGUGUCGGGGCUGGUGGGCGGCAUCACCGCCGGCCGCGCCGCGCCGCUGCUCGUGUCGCUGGCGCUGCCCGCCCGCGCCUAG